AGCUGUAGGCACGCAUGCGUGGAGAGGCGUGGGAUGUUCGCGCUUGCGCCAUUGGGAUUUGAACACAACAAUCUGUUCUGUGCCUGUUCUAGUUAUGUCUGACUGUGACUCGGAAGAAUAUUCGUCCUCAGAGGAUGAGGACUAUGUACCAUCAGGAGGAGAAUACAGUGAAGAUGACAUCAAUGAUCUGGUAAAAGAGAGUGGUGAUGAUGAAGAUGAAGAGGGAUCAAAAAAGUCUAGUGAUGUUAAAUCCAACAAAAAAAGGUCCAAAAACUACCCAGCAAGGAAGCGAAAGAAAGGAGUCCUAGUCCUUGGCUCACAGGAGGUUGGGGAAAACAGUGAGAGCCAGGACACUGCCACUGGUGAAAAAGAAGAUGACAUCUUUUCAGAAAUAAAACAAAAAAAGUUGGAAGAGGCUAAAAAAAAAAGAGAAGAAGAUCUUUGGUCGAGUUUCCUUUCUGAUGUUGGACAGAAACCCAAGCAACAGCCUCUGCCAUCAAGUUCUGUGAAUAACCAGACACCAGUAGAAAAACCUGAGGUGCAAGUACAAAAUAAGGAGACAGAAAAGCAAGAGGAUUCAAAAAUGACCAUAACUAAAGUAUAUGAUUUUGCAGGUGAAGAAGUAAGAGUGACAAAAGAAGUUGAUUCCUCGUCUAAGGAAGCCAUGGCUUUCAUCAAGCAGCAGGAGAAAAGCCAACAGGAGCCAAGUCCAGUUUCAUCAAAGACUUCUGUGCCAGGAGAAUCUGGCCUAAAGAGGCCCGGUGGAAUGAGCAGUAUUCUGGGACAACUGGGAUCCAAGAAGCAGAAGAUCAGCACUUUAGCGAAAUCUAAGCUCGACUGGGAGACAUUCAAAGAGAAAGAGGGGAUAUCGGAGGAACUGGCUAUCCAUAACCGGGGAAAAGAUGGGUAUAUUGAGAGGAAAGCUUUCCUGGAAAGAGUAGAUUAUAGACAGUUUGAACAGGAAAGAGAUAUAAGAUUGAAAAACAUGAAACCUUCUAAUUGAUACCCAAGGUGAAGUAUGAACACUUCCAGUUUGAAAGACAACAAUUGGCGGUUCACCAAACAGUACUCUCUUCUGACUGGGAAAAAAACUGCUCUUCUGUGGGCAACCUGUGUGAUUUGCUGGAUUUAUAUGUACCUUUGUUACAAUUGCGACUUGAAUCCAUUUAAUAGGGCUAAUGUUUUCAGAUCGGUGCUAAAUUGUUCUAGUGCAACAAGUUUUGAUUUGUCUCCUACAGGUAUGGGAUCUGUAAUCCGGAAACCAGAAAGCUCCUAAUUACGGGAUGGCUGUUUCCCAUAGACUUCAUUAUAAUCAAAUAAUUCAAAUUUUUAAAAUUGAUUUCCUUUUUCGCUGUAUAACUAAAACCGUAGCUUAAACUUUAUUGGAAGCAACACCAGCCUAUUGGGUUUAUUUAAUGUUUAAAUUCUUUUUUAGUAGACUUGAGGUAUGGAGAUUUAAAUUAUGGAAAGAUCUCUUAUCCAGAAAACCCCAGGGCCCGAGCAUUCUGGAUAACAGGUCCCAUACAUGUACAAGUUAAAAGAUGAAAGCAAGGGUUUGAGUGAUUGCUAUGGUUACCUACACUUGCGCAAUUUGGACCUUGUGUUCGUAAAUCAUCCCUUUAUGCAUUUCCAGCAUAAGUGGCCACCACUAGUCUGGAGUUAUGAUUCUGAUUACUGCUGCUAGAAUCUCACACAGAUUUUAAUAGGUUUUCAGUUUGUAUUUACAUGACCAUGAAAGCCUACUUUACAGGAGGAUUCCAAAAGGUUAGGCACCACUAAUCAAUUAAAUCACUAGGACCAGUGCGACUUUUCACUACAAACUGCACUGACCUGGGAAACUCUAAAGAAUCACCAUGCCACCAACUUACCUCCAUUUGUCCCUCUGUGCUUUAGACUUGUGCAUGCGUAAUAGGGUAGGAUUUCUGAUUUUACACUACUGCACGUGUACAAGACUAAGGGUGGCCAUACACGGGCUUCCAUGACCAAUAUCUGGUCUAUAAUCGGGCAGAUAUCAAUUGGGCAGUUUUAAAAAAGCUGACAGAUUACAGACUGCAUCGGCUGUAUGCCCACCUUAUUUCUUUCCCAGUGACAACGAGGAAAGAUGUGAUAUGGCCAUGUGGCACUUUUUUUAGAAUGUUCUUCAGACAGGUACUGUAUUUUCUGAAAAGGAUCACCAGCCCAGGAAAUUACCUUGUCAUUUAAGUCGGGGGGGGGGGUACCUUUUAUUUUGGCACCCCCAGUGAUUUAGGCUUUCCGUAUACUGAUGUAUAUCUGUUGUAUACAUAGUAAAAUGUUGUUUAGACUCAUCCCUUUUGUGUGUGUAUAUACUUAGCUAUAGAACCUUACAGCUAGAGUAAAAAUCCUUACACUGUGCAUUGUACCAUAUUAAACAUGCUUGUCUUUUUUUUUUUUUUUUCUUUGCACUUCAUGUCAGUUUGAAUUUCAUUUUCUAUUAAACCGAUAAUUGCAAUUUUGGUAACUGGAUUAUAGCGCCUUUGUUCUAGGAAUGAAUUUGUGGGGAGUGCUGUGUCUGUGUUUAUACUGCACGCCAUAUUUAUGCAUUCAGCCAAAGUGAUGCUCUGAAGUGGAGUAUUUUGUGUGUAUGUUAUGCUAAUUUUAAAUUAGGUUUUUUUUUUAAACUUGAUACUGCACAGGGAAGUGUCAAAUAAUGUUUUCCAAGACCUGCUAAGUGAAACCCACGUCAGCAGUCCACUAAAUAAACAUAAAAGCAUAUGGAACCUUGUGAAAGUGUUUAGGUCACUCAUGUUACCAUGGUGUGAGAUGGAGAUGGUGUGAGGGGAAAAGUCUCCAAGCCGUCAUUUAAAGUCAGGGUAACAUAAAAAUGUUACUGAUUUGCACUGACAUAACUGUUACUCCUGUUCAUUACAUGUAUAAACAAAUAUCUACAGAUAUUGCAGUCGACACCCACCUAUUCAAUCUCAGAACCAUUGUUUUCAUUUGUGCACAUUUAUAACUUGGGCUAAGAACCAUACAAAGUAAAAAUAAUGCAUUGUAGAAAUGAAGCAGACAUUUUGGAUGUGUAGACUACAGCUGGUAACUUAUGGCUCUUAUGUUAUAUCUUGUGUGUAUUGUGUAGGUGAUAAAAUUGCGCUAAACUGAUGUCGAUCAGAAAGCAGUGAUGCAGGGCCUGCUGUUUCCAUUUGAUUCAUUACAUCUGCAUGCAGUAUUGGAGAGCCAUCAGACAACUGAGCGUACAUCUCUGAGGGAUUGAUUCCUCAGACUUGUGCACAUUGAAAAAAAAAAAAAAGCAAUGGCUUUAGGGUUGCUAUUUUUUUUGUAAAAAACUGCUUGUAUCUUUUGUUGUUCUUUGUUCAAUAAAAUCGUCCAACCUCUUUGGUUCAAAA